AAUGAUCAAUGUUGGAGAAAAAAUCCUGAGUGGAGGAGACAUCGUUAUCAAUUAGCCACAUGUUCUAUGGGUUAUGCUGGCAAGAUGAUAAAGAACAUUGGGAAUGACCUCAUUUAUUAUAAAGUUACUGACUCUAGUGAUGAUCCUAUAAAUCCCAAGCCCAACACCUUGAGGUAUGGAACUUCUGUUAUUCAAGGUAAUGUGUGGAUCACAUUCCAAAAGGACAUGCAAAUUAAACUAGAGAAACCUCUUCUCAUUAGUAGUUUUACCACCAUUGAUGGUCGAGGUGUUAAUGUCCACAUCGCUCAUAAUGCAUGCUUAAUGAUCUUUAAGGCCACCAACAUAAUUAUCCACGACAUUCGAGUUCACCAUUGCAAACCUCAAGCCCAUGGGAUCGUGAUGGGGCCUGAAGGAAAGGUUAUUCCUAUAGGUCAUGUAGAUGGAGAUGCAAUAAGAUUGGUUACUGCUUCAAAGAUUUGGAUUGACCAUAAUACACUUAAUGAUUGUCAAGAUGGUUUGCUUGACGUAACACGAGGUUCUACUGAAGUGACUAUCUCCAAUAAUUGGUUCAAAAACCAAGAUAAGGUUAUGCUUCUUGGACAUGAUGAUGGAUAUCUGAGAGACAAGAAUAUGAAGGUUAUAGUGGUGUACAAUCAUUUUGGUCCUAAUUGCAAUCAACGUAUGCCAAGGAUUCGUCAUGGAUAUGCACAUGUAGCCAAUAAUUUUUAUCAAGGAUGGCUUCAAUAUGCUAUUGGUGGAAGCAUGGAACCUAGUCUUAAAAGUGAAGCUAACCUCUUUAUGGCACCAAUCAUAGGAAAUAAAGAGGUGACAUGGAGAAAGAGUAGUGAUAAAAGUGGAGGUACAUGGAACUUUCAUUCGAUAAGGGAUAUUUUUGAAAAUGGAGCUUCCUUCAAUAUAACAAAAGGAGGCGGUGUGAAAAAACCAAACUAUACUAAAGAACAAAAUUUUAAAGUUCUUGAUGCCAAAUUCGUGAGAUUGUUGACGCGUUCAUCUGUGCUCUCACUUCUUCUCCCUCCGUGCUCUCCCAUUCUUCCCCUCCGUUCUCUCCCAUUCUUCCCCUCUGUCACAACUGUAGCCUCCGCCGCUGUAGCCUCCUCCGCUGAUGCCUCCUCCACUGCUACCUCCGCCACUACUGCAUCCGCUGCUCCAGAUCGCCAUCUCCAAGCCGCUCUAGAUCGCCAAGCCACUCCAAAUCGGCGAGCCCUCCGUCGUUGUUGCCUCCGCCGCUGCUGGCUCCGUCGCUCUCGAUCCACCGGUCCAUAUCGCCAUCGCCAAGCCACUCCAGAUCGGCAAGCCCUCCGUCAUUGCUGCCUCCGCCGCUGCUGGCUCCGUCGCUCUCGAUCCACCGGUCCAGAUCGCCAUCGCCAAGCCGCUCCAGAUCGGCGAGCCCUCCGUCGUUGCUGCCUCCGCCAUUCUUCCCCUAUUUUGGCAUUGUUAUUGAGGCCAGCCCAAUGA